AUGGACAGGUGCACAAAGUUACGGACGUCCAUAACAUGUCCAUUAUUACUCACGUCGGCCACAAAAAGUUCACUCUUGCCAGCCCCUUUAUCUCUAAGGCUUGUGUAUUUUGUUUCAUCUGCCCAUGCCAGUGAAAUGGGUUUCACUGGAACGCGUCAAGAUGAGCAGAAGCGUGCUAUUGUCAUCGAGUCCAUUGCAGUUUCCCUUCUCUUCGAGAUGAAUGAGGAUGGUCUUCCCGAUAUCAAGCAGACAUCCAAUGGUAUCGGCUUUUUGAUCAACCCGACUGACGCCUCCGGACAGGCUGACUUCUCAUCCAAGGCCAUUGCUGCUCUCCAUGUCAUGGGUAGUGCUGUCGUUGUCGUCAACUGCGUUCGUAGCGUCUGUAUCCUUGAUACCAAUGGCUCCAAUCUCAUGACCAAUAGGACCAAGGGAAUUGCCUACUUGAGAGGAGCCGAGCGGACUUCUGAAAUUGCUCAGCCCAAUCCCAGUGAGAUUCAGAGGCUGGUUGGACUUUAG